AUGGAUGUUGGGGCAAUUGCUUGUAGAAGGACGGGAACAAUUCUACAUCUGGAAGACAUUCCAGAUCAAAUAAGACCUUACCUGCGACGAACUGGAUUUUAUGGGGUUAUACGGUUAGGUUUUUUUGCACUAGACUGGCAUCUAAUUAGUGCAUUGGUUGAGCGGUGGCGACCAGAGACUCAUACGUUUAUGUUUCCCGAAGGGGAAAUGACCAUUACCCUUCAGGAUGUAGGGCUAAUAACCGGGUUGCCGGUCAAUGGUGCAGCUGUUACUGGGCGAUCACGCCACCAUUGGCCAUCAUUGUGUGAGGCACUAUUAGGUGUCGUUCCACCUAAUAGUGCCAUAAGGGGUUGUUAUCUGAAGAUGGUAUGGCUAGCUGAGGAGUUCGGUCAGCUUCCAGAUGACUACGACGAGGUAGUUGUGCAGAGGUUCGCACGCGCAUACUUAAUGAGGGUCAUUGGAUCUCUUUUCAGUGAUACAUCUGCUUCGCGUGUUAACCUGAUGUUUUUACCUCUGCUAGCCGACCUGGAGGAAGCCGGCAAUUAUAGCUGGGGAGCUGCAUGUCUGGCUUGGCUGUACAGACAGUUAUGUAAGGCGACUAAUCCAGAAGUUAUGCAGAUGGCCGGUCCAUUAUUCAUAUUGCAGAUAUGGGCAUGGGACCGUAUCACAGCUGUAUCGCCUACACUGUCUGUACGAGUACCACAUCACGAUGCUCCACUAGGCAGCAGGUGGAGUAAUGCGAGGCAGAUAACAGAGGUUGUCACCCAUGUACUCGUGGAGCUGCGUUACCAGCUUGAUCGGUAA